GAGGCGAAGUCCAGCCCGGCCCCCGCCUGCGUCAGGGGACCGGGACUGGGGACGAAGGUGGAGCCCAGACCCCUCGCGAGCCGGGAGCAGUAGAGAGGGCGACCUCCCACUGCCUAGAGGCGCCAGCGCUAACGUCCGCUCUAUCCGCUCCACGUCUCUAUGGAGGCCGAACGGCGGUCUUAGGAGGCGAGCGGGAUGAGCAAAGUUAGGAACGGCGGCGGCGGCAACCCUGGGGUCGCGAUGCGGAUCGGAGGGGUCUGUCCCGGAGGGGAUGGCUUCGCUCCGUCGGCGCUGGGGACCCGAGAGCACUGGGAUGCUGUCUAUGAGAGAGAACUGCACACUUUCCAAGAAUAUGGAGAUACGGGAGAAAUCUGGUUUGGAGAAGAGAGUAUGAAUCGACUAAUAAGGUGGAUGCAGAAAUACAAGAUUCCAUUGGAUGCUUCAGUGCUUGAUAUUGGAACUGGAAAUGGUGUUUUCCUGGUUGAACUUGCAAAAUGUGGUUUUUCUAAUAUUACUGGAAUUGAUUACUCUCCUUCUGCAAUACAGCUUUCUGGAAGGAUUAUAGAGAAAGAAGGUUUAUCUAACAUUAAGUUGAAGGUAGAAGACUUUUUGAAUCUCUCCACAAAGCUGUCUGGAUUUCAUGUUUGUAUUGACAAAGGGACAUUUGAUGCCAUAAGCCUUAAUCCUGACAAUGCAAUUGAGAAGAGGAAACAGUAUGUGAAAUCUCUCUCCGGGGUGUUGAAAGUGAAAGGCUUUUUUCUAAUAACCUCAUGUAAUUGGACCAAGGAAGAGUUGCUAAAUGAAUUCAGUGAAGGAUUUGAACUUUUCGAAGAAUUGCCAACACCCAAGUUCAGCUUUGGAGGCAGAUCCGGAAACAGUGUAGCAGCAUUGGUUUUCCAAAAAAUGUGAGACUUUUCAUUGGACAACUUCGGUUAGCUUUUUAAAAGAAGCUCUACAUCAAAGUAAACCUGACACAGAAAAUGCAAGUGCAAAUAAAUGCUUAGUAAGUACACAGGAUGCACAUGUUGAAUAGCUAUAAAGGGUUGGUGAAAAAGUCCUGAGCUUGUAAGUGGCUGAGCUUUAGAGAGCAACCAAGAAUAAUUUCAAAUUUUCUUUUGUAUUUGAAAUGUAAAUAUUUUUCUUUUUGAUUAAAAAAUUUCCUGUAACUGCUGAACAGUUAAAAACUUUAAAGCAGUAAAUGAAUCUACAGACA